AAUGAGAGUCGAGGAGAGAAGCCGAGGCAAUGAGGGGCGGGGCCGUUUUCUGCGUCAGUGACGUGCCGUCAGUGCGUAAGCGGAGCUCGUGUGCCCUUGGUUUUUAUUAAACGACAGACUCAUUUUUACAAAGGAUGGGUUUCAUUCUCUCCAAAUCCAUGGAGCAGAACUUCCAGAAACAGCAGGAGUUCAUGCUGCUCAACGGCCGGCUGCAGCUGGAGCGUCAGCUGGUGAUGCAGAAUCAGAUGCGUGAGCGUCAGAUGGCGAUGCAGGUCGCCUGGUCCAGAGAGUUUCUCAAGUACUUCGGUUCUUUCUUUGGUUUGGCUACACUGGGUCUCACUGUCGGAGCCGUGAAAAGGAGGAAAGCUGCUCUUCUGGCUCCCGUCAUUCCUCUGAGCUUCAUCCUGGCGUAUCAGAUGGACAUGGCGUACGGAUCGCUGAUUCACCGCAUGAGAGCCGAGGCAGAGAGCAUCAUGGUCUCUGAGAGCGAGCGUCUGGAUGUGCCUCAUGGGAUGCCCACCUUCGAGAGCAUCGAGAAAUCCCGCCGAGCCAAAGCUCAUCUGUCGUCUCUGCUGGAGAAAUGAGUCACCUGACGAAGCGUCCUAACGACCUGAACCCGGAGUUCCACUGAGAAACACUCGGAUUAAGAGCGGUCGGCACUUCUCCGGAAAAAACGCUCUGGGAAUGUCAUUGUUUCAGUGCUUCAUGUUGAUUCUCAGGUGUUUGUUCACACAUAUUGCCUAAUUAUUAGUUGUUUCAAACCGCCUGGAAAGAAAAAUAACAUGAUUAACAUUGUUAAUAUGUAUAUUUCCAAUGCACUUAAUUAUUCAUUGUUGUGACAGAGCAUCCUUUUUAUUGUGAUCAUGAUCUGUGUGUCCAAAAAUAAACCUUUAAAGCAGUUUUUAAUGUUUAAUUUUUCCCUAAAAUGUUAUAUAGAUGAGUUUAUUUGAAUGUGUGUGAUGCGUAACCAAAAUAUUUAUUUUUUUUUUUUCAAAAUGAAGCCAAUGUCUGUUCAUGAAAAUAAAUCUGAUUGUAUAUUA